CAACAACAAUACAUUGAAUGAAUGCAUUGAAUGAGUGAAUGAGUAGUGAAUGCAUACAUAAUAGAGUGAAACACUGACUGAGUGUAUGAGUGAACGUGUGUUUCGUGUCUAUCGUGUGAUUCGUCUCUAAUUAUGUCUCUCUUAUAACAGACUAACCAUUAAUUGUGUCGUCGAUUACACCACAAGUCCUCAUGAAAUAUGAGUUUAGAUACUCUUCUGGAGGCCGCAGAGUAUUUGGAUCACAUCCAGAGCACAGAUUCAAGUGAUGAUCAAAGACGUGAUUAUAUGGCGAGUGAUAGCGUGGAUGAGGGAGACGUAUGUGUGGCCAACACGUAUCACCUGAAAGUGGAUCCCAAUGUGCCCAUCAGUGUCCAGUUCCACACAUACACGUCAUGUGCGGCCGCAGUGGAGCCCAUGUCUGGGAUGGUGUCCAACACAUCCAUCACAUCCAAUAACAGUACAAAACUCAAUGCUCACCAAAACGUCGGACAUCUGCUGAUGAAUGAGAUGAACAUCGGUUCGACUAUAAGGUCAUCAAUGAAUGCCAACAACUUCGUGGUGAACAGCAAUGGCGUCAACAUUAGCCACAAGAACAGAGACCACUCGUCGUACUCUCGGCACCGGGAGAUGCAUAAGACGCUGGAGAAGAACCGAAGGGCACAUCUGAGACACUGCUUCGAAGUACUCAAAGACGAACUGCCGGUGAAUGAGUACAACGAGAAGAAGAGUUCGCACAUCAAUAUAAUCAGUUGUGCCAUCCGUUACAUCCAACACCUCAAGAGGACUGAGUCUGAGCUGCACCACCAGACACAACGACUGGUUCGCACCAAAAUGCGGUUCCAGAACCAAAUCGCACAACUCAGGGAUGACCUCAAAGAGGCCGUCAUCGAUGGCACCGCCAGCAUCGGUAGGCCAGACAGGGCUCACUCUCUCAGCAAUCUGUACGACAACUCACACGACAAUUGUCUUCAGUUCGAACAAAGCGAUGAAGAAGUGAUCAUAGAUUUGGAAACCGGCGAAGAAUGCUAUGACGACGAGACCACUACCACCGCCUCAGGUCUGUCACUAGUGCGCGGAUGACAUGCGAGAGACGGG